GUUACACCGAGACAGAGGCUCGUUUUCUGUGUUCAGGAUCCAGCACAACAUUACGCACCAAGUGGGGAAAUAAACAAGGCCACCGAGAGCUGCGUCCUUCUCCUGCGCAAGUUGAUUGGAAUUAACUCUUUCCAUCGGGGAUUUCACUCGCGCUUCUCCAGGGGGAUCCUUCUGUUGAGGAUUACUUUACACGAAAACUUUUCACCCCCCCCCCCCCCCUUUACUUUCCUGUGAAGACCUGGGGAAGCAGCGGGACAGACGCACCGAGGGACACGUCUUCUGUCCAUCAGUUCACCUUGACUGCGACCUGACGGGAGAGCUCUCCACACGUUCCCCAUGGUUGUUUGAGCCGGGCUGCUCGGACCUGUGGAGCUUUCACUGCUUGUCGAAGGGCUGUCAACACGAUGGGACGCCCCUCUCUGCUCCUGGCUGUCACCCUGGCCCUGCUCACCUGCCAGGUUCUGUGCUCCGGCGUGUUCGAGCUGAAGCUGCAGGAGUUCCUCAACAAGAAGGGGAUAGCGGGGAACGCCAACUGCUGCCCGGGGGGCUCGGCCCACCCGCAGGGCCACCAGCAGUGUGAGUGCAAGACCUUCUUUCGGAUUUGCCUGAAGCACUACCAGGCCAACGUGUCCCCCGAGCCCCCCUGCACCUACGGCGGGGCGGUGACCCCCGUCCUCGGCUCCAACUCCUUCCAGGUGCCGGAGACCAACGCGGAGAGCUUCACCAACCCGGUCCGCUUCCUCUUCGGCUUCACGUGGCCGGGGACGUUUUCACUGAUCAUUGAAGCCCUGCACACCGACUCCCUGGACGACCUGACAACAGAAAACCCGGAGCGUCUGAUCAGCAGGAUCACUACUCAGCGUCACCUCACUGUGGGAGAGGAAUGGUUCAAGGACAUGCAGACAGCUGGCAGGACAGAACUACGUUACUCCUACCGCUUCCUGUGUGAUGAGCACUACUACGGCGAAGGCUGCUCUGUCUUCUGUCGGCCACGAGAUGAUGCCUUUGGGCACUUUACCUGUGGCGAGCGUGGAGAGAUCAUAUGCAACUCUGGCUGGAAGGGACAGUACUGCACUGAACCGAUCUGUCUUCCUGGCUGUGAUGAAGAACACGGCUUCUGUGAUAAACCAGGAGAAUGCAAGUGUCGCGUGGGCUUCAGUGGACGUUACUGUGAUGACUGUAUCCGUUACCCAGGCUGCCUCCAUGGCACCUGCCAACAGCCCUGGCAAUGUAACUGCCAGGAGGGAUGGGGUGGGCUCUUCUGCAACCAGGAUCUGAACUACUGUACGCAUCAUAAGCCCUGCCUUAAUGGAGCCACCUGUACCAACACAGGCCAGGGCAGCUAUACCUGCUCCUGUCUACCUGGAUACACAGGUGCCAGCUGUGAGAUCCAGGUCAACGAAUGUUCUGGCAAUCCCUGUCGCAACGGAGGCAGCUGCACGGAUAAUGACAACAGCUACAAGUGCACCUGUCCACCAGGCUUCUAUGGGAGCAACUGUGAGUUGAGCGCCAGUACCUGUGCAGAUGGGCCUUGCUUCAACAGCGGACAUUGUGUCAACAACCCUGAAGGGGGCUACUUCUGUCAGUGCCCAAUGGGAUAUGCAGGCUUCAAUUGUGAGAAGAAGAUCGACCAUUGCUCCUCCAACCCCUGCUUAAAUGGAGCAGAAUGUGUGGAUCUGGUGAAUUCCUACCUCUGUCAGUGUCCUGACGGAUUUUCUGGUCCUAACUGUGGAGACAUUAGCAGCAUCUCUGGAUACUGUCAGUCCUUCCCAUGUCAGAACGGCGGGACGUGUCAAGAGGGAGUGAACGGCUACACCUGUACCUGCCCUCCAGGCUAUACUGGCAAAAACUGCAGCUCGCCUAUCUCCCGCUGCUCUCACAACCCCUGCCACAAUGGAGCCACCUGCCACGAGCGUGGCGGUCGAUAUGUGUGCGCCUGUGUGCCCGGCUAUGGUGGUCACAAUUGCCAGUUCCUCUUACCCGAGGUUCCCAAGGGUCAGCCGGUGGUGGAUGGACCGGAUCGGCGAUAUUCUUCUCAGGAAAAUGAAAAUGUUGAAGAUGAGGAGGAUGAUGAUAGCGGAUUCCCAUGGACGGCCGUGUGCGCCGGUGUCUUCCUUGUCCUUGUGAUCCUGAUUGGCUGCUCAGUGAUGGUUGUCUACAUUCGGGUCAAACUGCAAGAGCGGCAAAGUCACCACAGUGACAGUGUCCACAGUGACAGCCAUGAGACCAUGAACAACCUGACGACCACCAAUAAUUGUCUCCGCAGUGACAAGGAACUUGGACCUAUGAUGACAACGUCAAUUAAAAACACCAACAAGAAAGCAGAAUACCAUUCAGACCUCACUGGGUCAUUGGGAGGUUUGAGUGGAAUCAGCGGGCUCAACGGAUCAGAGAAGAAUGGCUUUAAGACUCGCUAUCCAAGUGUGGAGUACAACCUUGUACAUGAGGUCCGGCCUGAAGAGAUGCUGCUGUGUAAAGAAGAGGAACAUAAUGAGUCAGAGGUCAAAUGUGAAAUGCUGGAUGAGUUUGACUCAGAUGAAAGAUACAGGAAGAGACAAAAAAGUGAUGCAUCAGAAAGGAAACAAGAGGAAGAAUCACCCAGCUGCAACGAAGCAAAGUAUCAGUCAUCCAGCGAUCUGAACUAUCACGCAACCAGUGACGUCAAAUACCCGUCGACCAGUGACAUCCAAUACCAGUCAACCAAUGACGUCAAAUAUCAGUCAACCAGUGACGUCAAAUAUCAAUCAAGUAGUGACGUCAAAUACCCAUCAACCAGUGAUGUGGAGUACCACUGUCCCAGUGACAGCAGAUACCAAUGCACCACUGAUUCCAAAUACCAGUCCGUUUACGUCAUAUCGGACCAGAAGGAUGAAUGUAUCAUCGCUACAGAGGUAUGAUACCUAUCCAGACCACAUGAGAUCGGACCAGUGUCCUCUGGUUGACGGCGGUCCGACUCCACCAGCCUUGAGCAGUAGAGCUCAGCUUGUCUCCGGGAGGUUCUACUCCUGCUGUUUGCUGCUGUUCCCUGGGAUUUACUGGAGGACUUUGAGCCAAGGUGCUGCUGAGCCAGCACAGAGUCAGUACCGAUAUUUCAAGGCCUUAGUACUAAGGGGGGAAUACGAGACAAUUUUGACCCUCAAAGGAUGUAGGUAUAAUACUGACCCGGUGCAAUGGACAAAGUACCAAAAAAACAGUGCUAGCAACUGUACAAACUUUGUACAGAAACAGUGCUGAACACGUAGACAUGCAGUCAAAUGAUUACUGCUGGAGAACUGAUAAAAAGCUUUGUUCAAUGUCCGUUCCAGUACUGGAUGAUUUACUGCUCUAACAGGAUGACUCUUCUCUCCUGAUCAACAGUGAAGUAUUGACUUGGAUGUUGACCAAUGAUAUUGUAGUACCAUGGAGUACUGAUUGAAUGAACAGUUUAGUACCUUUGGAGUACCGAGAACUUUUGAAGUACUGUUGUAGUACUGUUAUGUGCUGUGGUUGUACAAUGCAGUGUAAAAGCUGUCAUGGAUAUUGGACAGUUCAUGUUCUGUGCAGUGCUGCGGAGUAGAGGGUGGCGCUGUAGAGAUGUUAUAGGAUUUAAAAAUCUGCAGCUGCUAAGAAUUCAGUGAAAAAUUUCCAAAUUGGAGCAAAAAUUGUAAAUUAAAAACAGCUGUAUGCGCUACAUGUCUUUAACUGUGCAGCACUGACAGAGACUGUGUUGGCUGAGCUGGUUCUCAGCAGAAAAUAGAGAACUGAAGAUUCCAGUAGUGACUGCAGAUCGAUCCAACAUGGAUCCUGUUGGGCCAUACUGGCCUCUGACCCCUGAAGGUUUUGACACACAGGGCAAUGUUUUGGGCCGGGGCGACUCAGGAAACACUUUCAGCUUUAGAGGACAAACGAAUAGAAACAAAUCAGACGAAACAUAAAUUGAAUUUAAUGUGAAUUAAUCUGUGAUAUAUGUUGUUCUGUAUCAGACUCAAUUUCGCUUCUUAUCAAUUUACAAAAAAAAUAAGUUCUCCCGACCUCUGAUGAUGCUGUCAUGUUUCCAAGUGAGCUAUAACGGAGUAGUCUUAACUGCCAAGACCUCAUUGCACUAUGGAGGUGUGUAUGUGUAUGAGUGUGUGUGUGCACAGAUUAGGUGAUGAUCUUUAGUGUGGUGUCAGAUGUAUGCACUGCCCAAUCACUUCACUCCCAGUCUUCCACUAUUAGCCAAUUGAAGGACACCAUCACCCUGCCUGCCAUUGGUUAGGAUCAUUUGUUAUUAUUUUAUUUGUUAUCUAAAGAAAGAUGUAUUCUUUUAAUUUAAUGAUGUAAUUAUUUGUGUUUCAUUUUGUUGUGAUUUUUCUUGUUAAAACUGUUUUAAUUUAAGUUGGACUGAUUUUAUUUGGCAGAUAAUGUGUGUAUGUAAGUUUGUAUGUAUGCAUGUAUGUGUUAGGCACUUGAGACCACUGUGACUGUGUUGUAUUUAAGAGAAAAGUCGUAUGUACAGAGUCUGUCAUUUUUAUUACUGGAAAACGGCGCAAUAUUUUUCCAAAAUAAAAGAGGAAUGAAAUAUA